AUGCUAGAAAUUUAAUAAGUAGCAAAUGAAAUCAAAGAGAAAUUGAGAUACAAAAAUGUAAUAUAUUUAUUUUAGUAACUUAUAGGAGGAUGAUUUAAUAAUAUAAUCAUUUAUAUUGGGAAUUUUACAAGGAAAAGAUACUUAAUCAUCUUAAAAAGAUUUUUUCCAAUCAAAUUUAGAAAUACUUAUGAGUUUGAAUAUGCUUAUAGAUAUUAAAGUGUAUAAACAUCAAAGAGUCUAAUAGCUAUAUAAUGAAGCCUUGAGAGGACAUUCAGAUGUAUUAUGUUAUUUUAAAGUUCAAGUUAAAAUAACUAUGUAUAUAAUUAGAAAAAGAGGUUUUUGAAGGCGAAUAUUCUUAGUAGGAUACUAAUCUGACAUCAAUGACUACAUCAAAUAAUUAAGAACAAAUAUCUCAAAUAUUUACAUAGAAAAAAAAUUAGAAACUGUAAAAUUAAUCAAAUUGGGAAAUUUAAUCUUAGCCUUCUAUUUUAUUUCCAUUGAAAUAACAACAAUAAUAAGAUUUCAACCAAUUUAAAAAUGCUUCUAUGAUAUAUUAAUCUUUAACAAAAGAUAAAUUUGAUGAAUCAAAAAGCUUUGAAUUAGCUUUGUAAUUGCAGAAAUAGUAUAUUAAUUCUUUAUUAUAGAUUUGAAGAAGAAUAAUAAUUGGAGUAGCUAAAAUUAUAGUAAGAUUAUCAAGAAUACUAAUAAUUCGAAGAUGAUAAGAAAAAUUAAAUUGAAUGCAAAAUCUGUUUAGAAAAUAUUGCAUUUGCAGAGAUGGCAACUUUAUAUUGUACACAUAUUUUCCAUUAGAAAUGUUUAAAUCAAUAUUGCAAAACUUAAAUAUCAUCAAGAUAAUUCCCCAUUUUAUGUCCUUCUGGAUGCAAAAAUAAUAUAAUCUAUUCAGAUUUAAUAGAAGUGCUAGAUGAUCAAUAAUUAAUUGAAUUUCAAUAAUUAACAUUUAAGGCAUAUAUAGAAAGUCAUGGUGAUGAAGUAUCAAAUUUUAUUCUAUUGUAGUAUUCAUGGUGUCCAACACCUGACUGUAAAUUUGUUUUUGUUGCUGGAGGGAAUCCUUAAUUGGAUUGUCCUGUUUGUAAGAAAUCAUAUUGUUUAGAUUGCAAAAUUGAAUAUCAUAAUGGAUUUUCAUGCCAUGAAUUUAAGGAAAAAAAGAAAAUGGAAUCUAGAUUAAAAAAUGAAAAAUUUCUUGAUGAUAAAUUCUUUAGUUUUAUAAAAGGGGCUAAGUAUAAAUAAUGUCCAAAGUGUAAAUUUUGGGUUGAAAAAAGUGAAGGAUGCAAUCAUAUGACAUGUAGGUGUAAAUUUGAAUUUUGUUAUGUUUGUGGAGGAGUGUAUUAGAAAUGUGCAUGUGUUAAAUAAGCACAUGAUAAUUGGCCUACACCUUUAAAUAGAAACAGAAAUUAGAGGAGGAUAUGA